AUGUCACGCCGUCCACGCUCGUCGCCGGCACCUCCUCCGUCACCACCCGAACCAGAGACACCUGCUGCGCACUACACCGACCGCCUAGAUCUCGGGAGCGAGGCUGGGCGUAUGGCCGCCGCGGCGCAUGUGCACGAACACGGGGCGAGGAAUGGGGGUUGGGCGGCUAUGACGAGUCGAUGGGCGGCAAUAUUGAGACGAAAGGGAAAGCUUGGUCUCUCGCAGCGCAUAUGGGUCGGCAUCACCAUCAUCAUCGGCUUUCUGCUGCUCACCAAGCUGAUAGUCCCGUCUGAGACGGCGACCAACCCCACGGUCGAAGAGUUCAACGAGCUCAAACCCCACGACUAUGUCAACAACUCGAUCUCUGAUCCUGCACCGUUCGAGUUCUGCCCCGUCUUUGGGCCAGAUGACGCCAUCGCCGCGCGCCGAGGCCAGUUUGAGCUGCUCCGCUCCCGCGUGCAUGCUGGCACUGGCGCACGUGUCCAGCGGGUCCUCCGUAAGGCAAUGCACGGCAUGCCCGUGACCAUCUCGGUUCUUGGCGGAUCGGUUUCGGCGUGCCACGGCGCCGGUGACGACCCCAUCGCUCCAGGAUGCUACCCGGCGCGUCUGUUCAACUGGUGGAACUCUGUCUUCCCCCACCCUGCUAACGAGCUCACAAAUGGUGCCGUCAAGCGUACCGACUCGGCCUACUACGCAUACUGCUCCAAGCAUCACUUGCCGGACCAGACCGACCUCGUUAUCCUCGAGUUUGACACCAGCGAUCCCAACGACCGCGACUACCUCAAUCAUUUUGAGUUACUCGUCCGCUCCAUCCUUGUCCGAUACGACAAGCCCGCAGUCAUCAUCCUCGGCCACUUCAGCCCGCAGGUGCAGGCCCAGAACGGGUACGCAGGGCCAGAGCUGCUGCACAACGCCGUCGCGCAGUUCUACGACAUCCCGCACAUCAGUGCCAAGGGCCUCCUGUACGACCAGUACUUUGAGCACCCCGACCGUGUGCUCUCGGAGAGCUACUUUGGCUCGCACCUGAUCAACAAGGUUGGGCACGACAUGAUGGCCGACGUCGUCAUCUCGUACCUCAUGUCGCAGAUUUGCACAGGUUGGGCGUCGAUGCUCGGCUAUUCGUUCAACACCCCGGCUCUGACCGACAAGGGCGAGUCGGGGAGUGGCGGCGGGGCGCCAAUGCCGUUCCGCGACUUUGGCCACUCUGACCAAGAGUCGGGGCAAUCCGAGAAGGAGGACCUGGAGUCUGCAGGCAAAUCGCACCCGGCACUCCAGGUUCCGGCGAUGCGUCUCAAGUCUCUACCAAAGGACGCACCAGACUUCCGCGAGGUCGAGCCGUUCUGUGUUUCGGCGGCAGACUUAGUCAACCCGCUCCCCGAGUCGAUCUUCUACGGUUCUGGCUGGGUGACAUACCACCCACCCAAUAGUGCGGUCAAGGAGGACCGCUUCUACUGGUACGCCGAGCAGCCGACGUCUCGUCUCCGCGUGCCGUUACGCAUUGGCGCGGGUGACGUUGGCAUCUACUUUAUGCAGAUGCCAAUGGACAAGCCUGCGGCGACUGCCAAGUGCUGGGUCGAUGACAACACAGCCGGUGCCAAGACGUUGCGUGGCAAUGUCGAGACGGAAGAACCGAUUGCGACACUGCAGAUUAUUGACCAAGGUGUGGCGGCCGGUUCUCAUUUCGUCGAGUGCAUGCUUGACGGGGAGAAGGGUGGGCCACCUGCGCCAUUCAAGAUUCUUGCCAUCGUCACUACGUAA